AUGCAGACAGUCCUAUCUAUGUCAGCAAAACUUGAGCUUCAGGUACUUGAGCAAGUAGGAUUAUUGCACUCCCGAAGCAAAUUUGACAGCUCUCCUGCCAAAGCGCUGGAUCUCGCCGCGCAGCAAUUCAUUAACUAUGGGCGAUCGACGGCCAACAAGCUCGUCAUUUUGGCGCAUGACGGCAUAUCCACCGAUCUCAUCGCAGAAACGCUGGAAGCUAGGCAUGAAUUAAUCGCUGUCAGUUCGCGCUUGCCAAAACCAUUUUUUACUGCCCACGCAACAUGA